ACCUGAUACAAUCCAUGGAUGAUCACAUGAUUUGAAUGCAAUAUCAACAGAGCUGUGAUUGUGAAAGUAGCUAGGCCUAGGCCUAGGGAGUCCGGUAGGGAGUAAGGGACUGGUUAUUUCAUUUCUUCAAUAAAACAUCAUGUCAAACUUUAUUAGACCAGGUAAAAUUGCAGGAUUUGGGAUACCUCUCCUUGAUUUCAUAGCAGAUGUUGAUGACAAAUUACUUAUGAGAUAUGGACUAGAAUGUAACGGUUCUAACCAAGCAACUGAAGAUCAGAAAGGAAUAUAUGAUGAGUUGUCACAUCAUCCCGGAGUACAGAUCAUCCCUGGAGGUGCGGUUCCUAAUGCUCUAAGAAUCGCCCAGUGGCUUCUGGGCAUUCCUAACAUUACAAUGUCCUUUGGAUGUAUUGGAAAUGAUGCUUUUGGUGAGGUGCUGACCAAUAAGUCUCGAUCAGAGGGAGUUUGUGUGCAGUAUCAGGUCCACCCGACACAACCGACAGGAACAUGUGCCGUACUGAUUACAGGACAGAACAGAUGCCUGGCGGCCAACUUUGCAGCAGCCAGGCACCUGUCGUCAGAUUUCAUUUUCAAGGAUGAGACCUGGAGCAAUAUCACAAGUGCCUCAUACUUCUAUCUGGUGGGCUACUUCAUCCAUACAUACCCAUCCAUUAGCAGAGAUAUAGCAGACUUCACAAGGAGAGAAAACAAAGUAUUAACAGUGAACCUAUCCGCUGUCUACGUAUGUGAGCAGUCGGCCGAUCUCUUAAAGCAGAUCAUAGAAUGUGCUCAGUAUGUCUUCGGAAAUGAAGCAGAACUGCAAGCUUAUGCAAAGGCAUCGGGUUGGCAGGACACCGAGGAAUCAGUUAUGACGAAGAUGAGCAAACUUCCAUCAAAAUCUUGGACUUCCCCAAGACAUGUUAUCAUCACGCACGGUUCACAGCCAACUCUGUGGUGUCAUGGUAAAACAGUCCAGUCAUUUGAAGUUCCAAGGAUUUCCGAAGAUAAGAUUGUUGAUACUUGUGGUGCUGGAGAUGCAUUCGUUGGAGGGUUUCUGUCCCAGCUAGCUCAAGACAAGACGAUCGAAGAGGGCAUACGAUGUGGUCACUAUGCGGCUGGACUUUCCAUACAACAGAGAGGAAUGACCAUUAAAGGGUCACCUGACUUUAGAUGACCUUUGCAUAUAAUGUGUUUAUUGUAAAACAGGGUCAUCUAGCUGUCAAUGCUCAGAACUCAUUUAAUGAAUAUUACAUGGUUAUUACCAUCAUGAUCCUUGAACUAUCAAUUUUUUAAUUUCUUUUAAGAGUCAUAAUUUUGCCACUUGAACAACUGCCAGUAUUUAAGAGUGUCCUGAUUUGUGAUACUCACCCUAGGAUUAAAUAGGUGCACAUACAGACUUACAUGACCAUUACGUCUCAUUUAAUGACCAUGACAAGAUUUUAGUGACCAUUGACUGUUUUAUGAAUAACCAUCAAUAUCACAUAGGUGAUCAUUGCUUCUCAUUGAAUGAAUAUUACAAGAUCACCUAUAUUUGGGUGACCAGUACUGCUCAAUGACUGACCAUCAAUAUCGCCAAGACUCAGAUGACCAUUAAUGCUCCCUAUCAUAUGACCAUUACAGGAUCACCUAUAUUUGGGUGACCAUUACUGCUCAAUGACUGACCAUCUAUAUCGCCAAGACUCAGAUGACCAUUGAUGCUCCCUAUCAAAUGACCGUUACAGGAUCACCUAUAUUUGGUUGACCAUUACUGCUCAAUGACUGACGGUGACCAUCAAUAUCGCCAAGACUCAGAUGACCAUUAAUGCUCCUUAUCAAAUGACCGUUACAGGAUCACCUAUAUUUGGGUGACUAUUGCUGCUCAAUGACUGACCAUCAAUAUCGCCAAGACUCGGAUGACCUUUAAUGCUUUCUAUCAAAUGGCCAUUACGGAUCACCUAUAUUUGGGUGACCAUUACUGCUCAAUGACUGACCAUUGGUCUCAUCAAGACUCAGAUGACCAUUAAUGCUCCCUAUCAAAUGACCAUUACAGGAUCACCUAUAUUUGGGUGACCAUUACUGCUCAAUGACUGACCAUUGGUCUCAUCAAGACUCAGAUGACCAUUAAUGCUCCCUAUCAAAUGACCGUUACAGGUUCACCUGUAUUUGGGUGACCAUUACUGCUCACUGACUGACCAUCAGUCUCAUCAAGACUCAGAUGACCAUUAAUGCUCCCUAUCAAAUGACCGUUACAGGUUCACCUGUAUUUGGGUGACCAUUACUGCUCACUGACUGACCAUCAGUCUCAUCAAGACUCAGAUGACCAUUAAAGUGAUCAUUUCACUUUGUUCUGAUUUAAAAAAUUAUCAUUUUGGUUCUUGAAAAUGGGCUUAACAUUAGGCUUAUAGUGUAAAAAUACCAUCCCAAAAGUUUCAAAGUAUUAUAUCCACAGGAUCAAUUUUAAAACCUUAAAGAUGUAAACCAAAGUUUGAAAAUAAUUGGGAGUUGGUUUCAAUGACUAUGUGUAUACAGUGAACCUGUGCACCACAACACACAAACUCUAGAUGAACACAGCAUGGCCUACAUACAGUGUGUACAAGGUAUACACUGAAUGUCCAGUGCAGCUAAUAGCGUGUGUGUGUAAAUAGGAGAUACACACAACAGAAGGCAGUCAAAAUAGCCAACAGACUUUUUGAAUUGGAGUAAACUGGUCAUAAGCUUAACCUGUCUACUAGACGGUUCUCAUAAUCAAGCUAAUAAAUUGCUACUUGUAUCUAAAUUAGUUUUUCAUUCUAUAUUGUGGUUUGUUUCAGGGUUUUUGAGGACAAAUACAUGCACUCAUACACAUGUUUUGUCUCAGUUUGAGAAUUUUUUAAAUCAGCUGCUCACAAAGUUAAACGAUCCCUUUAAUGCUCCCCAUCAAAUGACCACUACAGGAUCACCUAUACUUGGGUGACCGUUACUGCUCACUGACUGACCAUCAGUAUCGAGACUCAGAUGACCAUUAAUGCUCCCUAUCAAAUGACCGUUACAGGUUCACCUGUAUUUGGGUGACCAUUACUGCUCAGUGACUGACCAUUGGUCUCACCUAGACCUAGUUGACAAUUGCUUCUCAUCGAAUGACCACUACAGAAUCACCUAGAUUUGGAUAACUAUUACUGCUCACCGACUGACCAUUAAUCUCACCUAGGAUUAGAUGACCAUUGCUUCUCAUCAAAUGACCAUUACAUCCUCACCUAGACCAGUGGAGUAUGCAGGAUUUCUGAAAGGGGGGGGGUAGGUUCAAGCUGAAAGAAAUGGUGACAACCCAAAAAAAAGGUCUUCAAUAUAUUUUAGUUUUUUUUAUUAUUAGGGGCAGGGGUUGGGUAUCAAAAAAAUUUAAGGGGGGGGGGGUGGGUUUGAACACCUAUACCCCCCUGUGUAUGCCACUGACCUAGACUUAGAUGGUCAUUACUGCUCCUUGCCUGCAACUGUUGUAUCAAAAGCCUUGCCAAGAAUUAAUAGAAAACUAAAAUUGUGCCCAUUUGGGAUAUGAAACGUUCUUUACUGUGACAAUAAUGUAUCUACAGUGUAAUUAUCUGUUUAUUUCAUGAGGUGACUCCACGUUGAUAAAUGACUGUAACUUUUACUAUGUACCUCUAUGUUUAUAAUGAAUAAUAGUAAUAAAACAUACCAUUUCCAAAUUAUACAUUUACUUUAUGAGAAGUCUCCAUUGAAAUGAUGACACAGUAUAUGAAAUCCUAUUAACAUUGUCUAUAUGGUAUGAUUUCAUUGAAAAUUUGGAAAUAUUUAGCCUUGUGAUGUGAGUGCCAGAAUGUAGAACACAGUUACCCUACUGAAAAUUAUUCAGUUAAAUUGAACUGGUUUCAUAUUAUGUUUACAUUUUGAUCUGAUUCCAUUGACAAAACAAUGUAAUAUUUAGGCGUUUGGAAAACAAUAUUAAUACAUACAUUGUGUCAGAGAUUUAUAAUAUAUUAAAAAUAUUCAAUUUUCAAGGUAAAUGUUUGUUUUGUGAAGUUAUUCCAUUUACAAUUUAGUUGCAUGAUUGAAUGUAAAAUGUAAUCAAAAUAACCAAUUUUCAAAUUAUGUGUUUAUUUUGUGAACUGAUUCAAUUGACAAAUGAAUGUACAUGUACUUUGUGCCAUAUGAAACAAACACUGUCAAUUAUGCGAUAAAAAUCUCUCAUUUUAAUCUAAAAAAAAAUGUUUAUGUAGUGAGGUGACUUCAUUGAUGACUAAAAUCCUUUUCAGAAUAAAAUUUUACUUUGUGUGAUAACACCAUUUAGAGAAUAACUCUAAUUGAGCCAUAUGGAAAACUGAAUUACACAAGCAUUAGAAUAAACCACAUUUACGUCGACUGAUUCAUUAAAGGUAAAUGCUAGUUUUGGUAACGAUAUCAAAAUGAGUUCGUAUAGAAUCCAUUGAAAUGACCACCAAAGUGUCUGUUUGUAUAAACAAGUGGAAUGCCUCUGGCCGUCUCACCUGCAUCACGCGAUUCAAUAUAGCAGCAGUGCUGAUUUUGAAAACUACUAUAACUCGCACAAGAUGUUCAGUGAUACUUGGUUACUCUUAUUUCCACGUUUUAUGAACUAGACCAAUACACUUAUAGAGAUAUGAUGGCAAUUCAACAAAUACCCCCAACGUGGCCAAAGUUCUUUGACCUUACAUGACCUUUGACCUUGAUCAUGUGACCUGAAACUCGCACAGGAUGUUCAGUGAUACUUGAUUACUAUUAUGUCCAAGUUUUAUGAACUAGACCAACACACUUUCAAAUUUAUGGCUGUAAUUCAACAAAUACCCCAAUUUGGCCAAAGUUCAUUGACCCUAAAUGACCUUUGACCUUGAUCAUGUGACCUGAAACUUGCACAGGAUGUUCAGUAAUACUUGAUUACUAUUAUGUCCAAGUUUCAUGAAUCAGAUCCAUAAACUUUCAAAGUUAUGAUGGUAAUUCAACAGAUACCCCCAAUUCGGCCAAAGUUCAUUGACCCUAAAUGACCUUUGACCUUGGUCAUGUGAUGUGAAACUCAUGCAGGAUGUUCAGUGAUACUUGAUUAACCUUAUGUAUAAGUUUCAUGAACUAGGUCCAUAUACUUUCUAAGUUAUGAUGACAUUUCAAAAACUUAACCUUAGGUUAAGAUUUUGAUGUUGAUUCCCCCAACAUGGUCUAAGUUCAUUUACCCUAAAUGACCUUUGACCUUGGUCAUGUGACAUGAAACUCAGGCAGGAUGUUCAGUAAUACUUGAUUAACCUUAUGGCCAAGUUUCAUGAACUAGGUCCAUAUACUUUCUAAGUUAUGCUGUCAUUUCAAAAACUUAACCUCAGGCUAAGAUUUGGUGUUGACGCCGCCGCCGCCGCCGCCGCCGUCGCCGCCGCCGUCGCCGUCGGAAAAGCGUAGCCUAUAGUCUCACUCUGCUAUGCAGGUGAGACAAUAAAACGCAUGUGCCAAAGGAUUCUGGAAGAAAUUGUGUAAUUGUUGAGAAAUCAGCAAAUAAGCACAGGAUUCGGGUAGAGCGUCGGGCCCGACGCUCAAAGCAAUAAUUAUACACUGUCCCACGUGCGCUUAUCUGUGUUGGGGAAGUUCAGUCUGAACAUUUUUCAGCGUAGAUUUCAAGAUUUCACAAAGUUCAGUUUAUGUAACUGUACCAGAUCUAGAUCCUCGAUGAUAUACUGACAAUUAAGCCUGGUUUUACAGAUCGACUUUCUCAUGAAAUCAGUGUUUACUGCAACUACUGGAAUUUCUCUUUAACCAAAAUGCAAUUUGCAAGUUAUCGUAACAGCUUAUGUACACAUUCCUUAUUCUGACUUUUUGAAAUACAAUGUCUGUGUAUUUAUGGUUAGAUUUUAUAAAUCAAAUUUUAUUACUGAGAUUUUCGUAUAUUUUGAUAAUUUUGUGCAGAUUUGUAUUUUUGCAAGAUAAGGCCAGUUUUGACAUUGCAGGAAGUGACUUCCAAUCAUCUUACCUACCUCAAAAUUUCUACAGAUUAAAAUUCAAAGAAUAUGAAA